UCGGGCCGCCCCGCGCCUCGCGGCUGCGCUGCUGCAGCUCCGGCGCCCGCGGCCCCGACUGCGCGGCCGAGCGCCCGCGGGAGCUCCCGGCGAGCUACAUGGUGUCGCUCUUGAGGAGCUGUCCUGCACGGUCCAGGGAUUUGUGGUCACUGCUGCUCAACACCCUUUUGGACCAGGUUCCUGCCAGCUUGAUCCCAGUCUUGGAUUCCAAGGUGACCAUGGAGACCGGCGGGCUCCCCCUGGAGCUGUGGCGCAUGAUCUUGGCCUACCUGCACCUCCCGGACCUGGGCCGCUGCAGCCUGGUGUGCCGGGCCUGGUACGAGCUGGUCCUCAGCCUCGACAGCACCCGCUGGCGGCAGCUGUGCCUGGGCUGCACCGAGUGCCGCCACCCCAACUGGCCCAACCAGCCCGACGUGGAGCCCGAGUCCUGGAGGGAGGCGUUCAAGCAGCACUACCUCGCCUCCAAGACGUGGGCCAAGAACGCCCUGGACCUGGAGUCCUCCGUCUGCUUCUCCCUGUUUCGCCGGAGGCGGGAGCGCCGGACGCUGCGCGUGGGGCCGGGCCAGGAGUUUGACAGCCUGGGCGGCGCCUUGGCCGCGGCCAGCCUGUACGACCGCAUCGUGCUGUUCCCGGGCGUGUACGAGGAGCAAGGGGAGACCGCCCUGAAGGUGCCCGUGGAGAUCGUGGGCCACGGGAAGCUGGGGGAGGUGGCCCUGCUCGCCAGCAUCGACCAGCACUGCUCCACCGCGCGCCUGUGCAACCUCGUCUUCAUGCCAGCCUGGUUCUCGCCCUUCAUGUUCAAGACAACCUCAGGCCACGUCCAGUUUGACAACUGCAACUUCGAAAACGGGCACAUCCAGGUGCACGGCCCCGGCACCUGCCAAGUGAAGUUCUGCACCUUCAGAAACACCCACGUCUUCCUGCACAACGUGCCCCUGUGUGUGCUGGAGAACUGCGAGUUUGUGGGCAGCGAGAACACGUCCGUGACCGUGGAGGGCCACCCGUCCGCCGACAAGAACUGGGCCCACAAAUACCUCCUGGGGCUCGUCAGGUCCUCCCCCAGCGUGCUCCCCACCGAGGACUCUGACUUCCUCAUGUCCCUGGACCUGGAGAGCAGGGACCAGGCCUGGAGCCCGAGGACCUGCGACAUCGUCAUCGAGGGCAGCCAGAGCCCCACCAGCCCCGUCGCCAGCUCCCCGAAGCCAGGCUCCAAGGCCGGCUCCCAGGAGGCGGAGGUGGGCAGCGACGGGGAGAGGCUGGCCCAGACCCCGGAGGGCAGCGACGGGGGCCUGAGUCCCAGCGGCGAGGAGGAGGAGCAGGAGCAGGAGGAGGAGGAGGAGGACCAGCUCACGUACCGGCUGUCCUACCAGGUGCAGGGCCCGCGCCCCGUCCUGGGCGGCUCCUUCCUGGGCCCGCCUCUGCCUGGAGCCUCCAUCCAGCUGCCCAGCUGCCUCGUGCUGAACUCGCUGCAGCAGGAGCUGCAGAAGGACAAGGAGGCCAUGGCCCUGGCCAGCUCCGUGCAGGGCUGCCUCAUCCGCAAGUGCCUCUUCCGGGAUGGCAAGGGGGGCGUCUUCGUGUGCUCCUACGGCCGGGCCAAGAUGGAGGGGAACGUCUUCCGGAACCUGACCUACGCCGUGCGGUGCAUACACAACAGCAAGAUCGUCAUGCUGCGGAACGACAUCCACCGCUGCAAAGCGUCGGGCAUCUUUCUCCGCCUGGAGGGCGGAGGCCUGAUCGCCGGCAACAACAUCUACCACAACGCGGAGGCUGGCGUGGACAUCCGGAAGCGGUCCAACCCGCUCGUCCUGUGUAACCAGAUCCACCACGGCCUUCGCUCCGGCAUUGUCGUCCUUGGCAAUGGGAAAGGCGUCAUCCGGAACAAUCAGAUCUUUUCCAAUAAGGAGGCCGGCAUUUACAUCCUGUACCACGGAAACCCAGUGGUGAGUGGGAACCACAUUUUCAAGGGCCGUGCAGCCGGCAUAGCCGUGAAUGAGAAUGGCAAAGGCCUCAUCACAGAGAACGUGAUCCGGGAGAACCAGUGGGGCGGCGUGGACAUCCGCCGCGGGGCCGUCCCCGUGCUCAGGAGCAACCUCAUCUGCUUCGGCUACUCGGACGGCGUGGUCGUGGGAGACGAAGGCAAAGGGCUGAUAGAAGGGAACACCAUCUACGCUAACAAGGGCUGUGGCGUGUGGAUGAUGUCGUCCAGCCUGCCCCACGUCACCAGCAACCACGUCAGCUACAACGGCCUGUACGGCAUGGCGGUGUUCAGCCAGAAGGAGGGCGCCAGGGAGCUCCCCGGAGGCCACGGGGCCCAGGAGCACUUCAGCGAGGACGGGGACGCCGCCCUCUGGGAGCCCGAGCUGGAGAAGGACGAGGACCCGCUGCGCCAGCCCCUCGCCGUGGCGCUGGUGGAGUCCAACAGCGUCAAUCACAACGGAGCCUCAGGACUUUACAUCCAGAGCAGCGAGGCGCUGCAUGUCAUCACCAACGUGAUCCACGCUAACGGGGACAGAGGCAUCACCAUAGCCCAGAGCGGCCAGCUCACCCGUGUGGCUAACAACAGCAUCUCCUGCAACCGCCAGAGUGGGGUCAAGGUUGAGGCCCAGUGCAAGGUGGAGCUCCGGGGCAAUGGCAUCUAUGACAACAGAGGCCAUGGCAUCAUCACCAAGGGUGACAGCACCGUCGUCAUCGAAAAUGACAUCAUUGGCAAUCGGGGCAGCGGGCUGCAGCUGCUGCCCAGGUCCGACACUAAGGUGAUAAAGAACCGGAUCCAUUCAUUCCGGGCCUAUGGCAUCGCCGUGCGGGGCCGCACCAGGGCUCUGGUGCAGGAGAACAUCUUCUUCCAGGGAAAGACCAACAAGACCAUCUUCCAGCAGAUCUCAAACAACCGAGAAUGCGUCAUGCAGAACAACAAGUUCCUGGUCUUCAAGAAAAAGUCUGAUACAUGGCGGCUCAUGAACCCACCAGCACGCCCUCACCUUGAAAACUCGCUCCGAGGCCCUUCUGCAGCCCACAGCGGGCAGAAGGUGGCCGCCAUGGCGACCAGGAUCACGGCCCGCGUGGAAGGCGGGUACCACAGCAACCGCAGCAUCUUCUGCACUAUCCUGUGAGGACGGAGAGCCACGGGCGGGGCGGCUAGAGCGCGGUCCCGAGACUCUGGGAGCAACGACCACGUCCCGUUCCCGGGCUCAGGCCACCAGCGCCAGCCGAGCUAAGAGGUGAGGCCUUCGGGGUGGCAGAGGCCUCGAGUCUUCUCAGACUCCGGAUCCUUUCGCCAUGCCCCUGGGAAACGGGCUCCCAGGCCUCCUGGGGACCAAGGACCAGGCACCUCCAAACCCCUUCAGCUCCUCCGCUAUCAGUAGGAAGGCACCUGAGUUUCUCAAAGAAAAAAGGAACAGACUUUGGGUUUCCAGUCCCUCCAGCUCCUGUAGAUGAUGAGGAGUUGAGGAGACUCAGUGCUGAAGCUGCGGUCAGGUUUCCUGUUUGAGUUACAGGGAGCUAACUGCGUCUCACACACACCCAGCAGGCUCUCGGGGGAGAGAUCCACUCCCGACCGAGGGAAGUAAUUCUAGUGAGGUGGAGACAGCUGCCCCAGGCCUCCCCUUCCCCCGUCCCUCCAGGACACCACACACCCGCCCAGCUGCCUGCCGGGGCUGGAGUUGAGUUUGGUUUCCUAAAGGACAUUGUUUUAUACUUAAAUAUGGGCCUAUGAUGGAGGAGGGGCUUAGGAAAGGGAGCCCCUCUUAGGCUGAUCUAGGGAUGACACAGGACAUGUCAGAACAAGAGGGACUUCCUUCCUUGCAGUGCCAGGCUGGGCAGUGCAGGACACACAGCUCCCCUCUAGCCUCCAGGGGCUCCCAAGCUCGGGAGGACGUUAGCUCGGUGCCUGCUGCACAAGGACUCGCGUCCCACAAGCACAGCCACACUAGCGGCCCCCUCCUGGGCACCAGACUGGUGGGGGUGCAGGUACCUCGGGCCCCUCGUCGGUGUCCAUGUUCUCAUGGACAACCACCUGCCUUUGCUGACCCUUAUGUGCCUUGGCUCAUGCUGUCCCCUUCCUGGCAUGCUCUUUCUCCCUCUGUCCAGGCCCCCCCCAUACAUGUGUAGCUCAGACACUGCCACCUCCACAGAGCACUCUCCUCCCUCCAGGUGACGGUGGCUCUUCCUGCUGAGCCACCCUGUCCUUUCCCGGCCCCCUCAGGUACGGAGCACUUUUCGCCUGGUGUCAUCCAGGUCCACCCUUGUCCCACUCGCCUGCAUAGGGCCCCAUCUCACUGUCUUUGCUACCCGCACCCAGCCCAGGUCUGGGGGAGGGUCUGUGGCCUGAGUGGGCAGAGGAAGGCCAGUUGCCAAAGGGCUUCGCUGAGCUGUACUGUGAGUGUCAAGGUUCUGGGCAGGCGCAGACCCUGCCCUGGCUGCUUGAGGAAGGGGGUUGGAUGCAGGAGCCCCUGGACCUGAACUCGGCCUUUCAUGCUAGGCCUUCACCAGCCUGUGGGGGUCGCUGUCGUGCACCUCACCAGUGGCUUCCCAGGCUACUUUUGCCAGGCCCUCAGUGCUGCUCUCCAGGUCCCCGGUGGGGUGGGAGGGGGCUGGGGGGAGCCAGGAGCACUGGCUUCUUGAGGACUUUCCGCACAAGAGCGCUGGCCCCUCCCGUCCCCACUGUCCUUUGCACUUCUCUGGUGGCCCCAGUGUGAGUCGCUGUACAAAAUGCUGCCUUUAUUAUUUUGUAAGAAACGACUUUUCUGUGAACCAAGCGUUUAUGAAAAUCUCAGCAACUAAAAUAAAGUUCUAUAUUUUAAGAGAG